UUUAAUUAUUCAUGUGAGCAAUAGAUAGCCUUUCCUUUUCAGGGCCUGUGUCAUCUUGCUGUUUUUUUUAUCUCCUGCCACAAAUCAUGCAAGUGUUUCGUUGGCAAAAUUGCUCGUGCAAAUUGGGAAAGUGCGGAUGCUGUCUGAGGUUGAUGAGAAAAUUAGCUGAAGGUUUCCGCGUGUUAAUCGUUUAGUUUAAUCCGACCGUAAGUCGAAAGAUUAAGUACAUUACAAGAAAAUGGCCGAUCAGCAAAAGGCAUCAGCCAGGAAUUCGUUGAACUACAGUCGACGAGAAUGGGAAAAUAGAGUUACAGACUCUAUGAUCAGUUCACUUUCUACAGCAACAGGAUUACCCGAGGGAGAUAUCAAUGGCUAUCUUUCGAAAUUCUCCCAAGUUGCUCGGAGGGGACGAAUGAACGAAGAAAAUUUUAAGACGGUUUUCAGCAAACUGCUGCCGGGUGGACUAAAGUCAGCCACAUCGACCUUCCGGGCCAUCGACACCGAUCACGACGGACAGGUUAAUUUCCAAGACUUCGUGUACGGCAUAAAAAUGGCCACAGAUACGGACGUGUUGGACAGGAUGACUUGGGCCCUGAGACUCCUGGAGGCCAGUGGUGUUUAUUCACUGCCGUUUGCCAGUUUAUGCAAUAGAAUAAUAGAUGAUGUGGCGCGCGGAUCAAUAGGGAAGCCUUUGUCAAAUGCCACUCAAAUCGUCACGACAAAACCGAAAGGGGCAACUUCUUUGCUGAAGGAUGUCGUGCGUUCAGCCGAAAAUUCGCAGCUCGAGCGACCCGUUGCCGACGAUGCCAAGGACCUGUUGUACGAGGCUGAAAAACACGGGGGUUACGUGGACAUUCCGAGCCUCAUCGAAAUGUUCAAUACUGCAGCAUUACUCUACCGACAUGGCACCACUGCUAAAGCAUUCCUCUACCCAUAAACACGAUGGGGUUCUCACGAAAUCUCCCAUUCUUUUCUUCUUCUUUUUUUUUUUU